AUAUAUUAAUAUGCAGACGAAGAAAGCCUGCGCUUUUUGUACAAAUUACACAUAUACGUAGAGAAAGAGAAAGAAAGAGAGUGAGAGAGAGAGAGAGAGACAGAUCUCUCUCAAGGCGUUUAAUUGCAGAGAUCUUUUGCGUUUCUCAAUAUAAGUGAAAGAGUAGACAGAGAGAAAGAGAAGAUCAAAAGAGCUAACCCUGGCUCCCUGAAUAUCUUCUCUUUUUUUAUCUGAAUCACGCUUUAGUUUGUCUCUUAGCUUUGUUUUCGUUUGAUCCCAUGCCCCUCUAGCUAAACUCGUUUGUCUUCUAUGCCACCUUCAGACUGAUCAAAACAAAACAAAACUUGUUUUUUUCGCUAUCUUCUUCUCCCUUUGAGGAAAGCAUAAAUAAAAAGCGAUAGAAAGGGAUCCAUAGAAAGAGUCUUGUGGAGUAGCUCUCACUGUAAAGAUGGGUACUGGUUGGAGAAGAGCCUUCUGCACCCGCGACCCUGCAUCUACCAUAUCGGAUAAACAUCCCGGAAGCCCAAGCCCGAGCCCAAGAACCUGCACUCGAUUGGGUUUUCUCUCCGGUGGUAGCAACCCUUCCACCCCACGCUUGCGUUGCACAACAAAAGCGGAAACUGCUUCUCAAACAGUUACAUUAAGUGAUAGUCCCAGAGUUCAAAGCAAGAACACCCCCAGAGCAACGAAAUCACCAUCAGUCUCAAAUCCAACUUCUCCACGCUCCCCUCUCAAGCUCUCCCUCUUCAAGAACAGCUUCAAAUUCAGGAGUAGCUGUGGAAUUUGCUUGAACAGCGUGAAGACAGGACAGGGUACGGCGAUAUACACAGCGGAAUGCGGUCACGCGUUUCAUUUCCCGUGCAUCGCAGCGCAUGUACGCAAGCAUGGAAGCUUGGUGUGCCCUGUUUGCAAGGCCACGUGGAAAGAUGUGCCUCUACUCGCGGCGCACAAGAACCUCGCGCCAGAAUCCGCCGCAAAAGACGACGUCGUCGCCGUCCAGAGGGUCGCAGAAAGUCCUUACCCCAAUGCCAACGACAAAAAGCCAACAGAGAAUAAUAAUGCCUCCCCCGUUUUCAAAACCUACAACAACCACGUGGAGCCACCAUCGAAGCAUUCCGAUUCAACCAGGUCCUACGACGACGACGAGCCACUCCUCUCUCCCACCUCCGGCGGCCGGAUUAUUCCAAUUCCCGAAGCCGACGAGAAUGCCGAAGACGACGAGGAUGAAGACCCCGGCGAGUUCCAGGGCUUCUUCGUCAAUCCCAAAAACUCAUCCUCGUCGAAAUCCUACUCCGAUUCGUUGCAAACCAGUGACGGAGAUUCCAGAACCGUUCAGGUGAAACUGAUGCCGGAGUGCGCUGUCAUCUCAGCUUCCCGAACACACGAGACCUACGCGUUGGUCUUAAAAGUGAAGGCUCCACCGCCGCCACCUCCUUCUCGGAGCAGCGGCGGGCCGUCACAGCGAGCGCCAAUAGAUCUGGUCACCGUUCUGGACGUUGGCGGAAGCAUGAUCGGCGCGAAGCUUCACAUGCUAAAGCGCGCGAUGCGUUUGGUCAUCUCAUCCCUUGGCCCCGCCGACAGGCUUUCCAUCGUGGCUUUCUCAGCCACCUCCAAACGGCUCUUACCUUUAAGAAGAAUGACACGUCAAGGUCAGCGCGUGGCUCGUCGCAUCGUUGACCGGCUCAUGAUCGGUCAAGGCUCCAGCAUGGGCGAUGCAUUGAGGAAAGCCACCAGAGUGUUAGAAGAUCGCAGAGAAAGAAACCCGGUGGCCAGCGUCAUGCUCUUAUCAGACGGUCAAGAAGAGAGGGUUCAAAAUCAAAGGGGUAAUAAUAAUAAUAAUCAGAGGAAGGCAUCGAGCCACGUGUCAUCGACGCGGUUCGCGCAUAUCGAGAUUCCGGUUCACGCGUUUGGGUUUGGGGCGAAGAGUGGUUACAGCCAGGAACCGGGGGAAGACGCAUUUGCCAAGUGCGUGGGGGGACUUUUGAGCGUGGUGGUUCAAGACUUGAGGAUUCAAGUAGGGUUUGAAUCAGAGUCUUCAGUUGAGAUCAGCGCGAUUUACUCGUGCAGUGGAAGGCCCACGCUCAUGAGCUCAGGGGCGGUGCGGCUCGGCGAUUUGUACGCGGAGGAAGAGAGGGAGCUCUUGGUGGAGUUGAGAAUUCCGGCGUCGUCUGGAACUGGGGCCCACCACCACGUGAUGACGGUACGGUGCCUGUAUAAAGACCCUGCCACGCAGGAGAUCGUAUACGGUAGGGAGCAGGGGCUUCUGGUGCCGCCGCCUCAGAGCGUGCGUUGCUCCGGUACAAGGAUUCAGAGGCUCAGGAAUCUCUUCAUAACCACCAGAGCCAUUGCAGAGUCUAGGAGGCUCGUUGAGCAUAGCGCUGACUUCACCAGCGCUCAUCAUUUGCUUGCCUCGGCGCGUGUGCUUCUCAUGCAGUCUAAUUCGGCUUCGGCUGAGGAGUAUGUGCGCGGCUUGGAGGCUGAGCUGGCAGAGCUUCAUUGGAGGAGACAGCAUGAGCAGAUGCAGAUGCAGAUUCAGCAGCAGCAAAUGAUGCAACAGCGGAGAAGAGGGAGCGAGAGAGAGGUGAUGGCGCUGGUGGACGAGAAUGGCGAGCCGCUUACGCCCACGUCGGCUUGGAGAGCCGCUGAGAAGCUGGCUAAGAUGGCAAUGAUGAAGAAGUCUUUGAAUAGAGUCAGCGACUUGCACGGCUUCGAAAACGCUAGGUUUUAAUUUUCUUUUUUUGGAAAAUUGUUUUUCUUUUUUUAUUAUUACUAAGAAAAAUGUAGAGACCUAUUAGAGAGAGAGAGAGAGAGAGAGAGAGGAGAGAACAAAAGGGGAUGGGGCAUGAUUGUAGAAUGGAAUGGGGACAAGCUGGUAGCAGACGGCGUGGCCCUUUCUGCAUUGGAAGAUGACCACAGAGGUAGGGGGUGGGGGAGUUAUAUAAUGGGGUAUGCCCCACCGUAAAAUGGGAGAGAUUCAUUGGUUGGUUCCUCGAUCAUGUCUUUUUGUCUUGUGCCUUUUAUAUACACUCUUGUUUUCCAAUUUUAAUCAUUUGCUUUUCAAUAUCACAACUCGAAACUGCUCCAGUGAAUGCUCCCAUGUUGGGAUCGCUAGUUGUAAAUGCCAUUCUAGUAGUAAUUUAUAAAGUCUCUCUCUUUUUUCUCUA